GCUAUAGUUAAACACAGUAAUCCGGAUUUCCAAGCCGGACUUCAUUCUGUCCUCCUUCUCCCCCAAUUCUCCCCUCUAGGGUUUCCGAUUUGCCAAGCACCAGUAUGGCUUUGCAGACUGGAGUAGGGCUUUCCAAGAUCCUGAUCCUGGUUGGAGCUGGCUACACUAGUACGAUCCUGCUUAAGAAUGGUAAAAUGUCGGAUGUGUUGGGUGAACUUCAGACCUUGGUUAAGGGCUUAGAGAAGUCUGGGGAGCAAUCCGAGGGUGAUUCUGACUACUCUGAUGCCAUUGCUGCUCAGGUGCGUCGAUUGGCUAUGGAGGUUCGACAGCUCUCCUCAUCACGCCAAAUCACCAUUCUUAAUGGAAACUCUGGGCAUAUUGGUAAUUUAUCAUCUCUCAUAAUUCCAGCUGCUACUUUGGGUGCCUUGGGAUAUGGAUACAUGUGGUGGAAGGGAUUUUCAUUCUCAGACCUUAUGUAUGUUACAAAGCGCAAUAUGGCUAAUGCUGUGUCAAACUUAACUAAGCAUUUGGAGAAUGUAUCAGAGGCCCUUGCUGCUACAAAGAGGCAUUUGACACAGCGGAUCGAAAACUUGGAUGAUAAGAUGUUGAAGCAGAAUGAGCUUUCAAAAUUGAUUAAAGAUGAUGUAUCAGGAGUUCAAAAAUCUCUUUCUGAGAUUGACUUUGACUUGGGCCAAUUGCAAAACUUGGUUUCUGGUUUGGAUGGGAAACUAUCUUCUCUUGAAUAUAAGCAGGAACUUGCAAAUGUUGGUGUAUUGUACUUGUGCAACUUUGUUGAUGGAAAGCAGGGGAAAAUGCCUGAAACUUUAAAGGAGCAGCUUAAACUUCCAGGCAAGACUCAGGGUCUGCUGACUCAUAUGGAAACUCCUAAUCUGAAAGGUCUUAAGGAACUUACUGAUACGCUAUCCCGAGGUUUUACAGAAGACCAGCCAAGAGCACUGCUCAGGUCCACAUCAACUAGAUGUUGUUAAUGAGAAGAGAGAGAUUGACUGCUGUGCACCCUCCUGUGUUGAUUCUACCAUCAUUACAUAUUUGUUUAAGUUGUGUAUCUUAUAUAAUCCAAGGAGGCGUUCUGUUAGCAUUGUCUUAUAUGCAAUAUCUCAUUUUUCCUCAAAUUUCCGAAUAGUUCAUGUUGGCAAUGAGUAAAAUACCAUGCUAUGUUAGGACAUUUUGAGGUGUGAUUACUGCUUCACACAAAUAAACUUUACUAUUGAGAAAUUCAAUUUACUUCCAGAUUCUACAAAACCAAUGAUAUGUAAGGGUCGUGGAACAAAAUUUUGCCCUGUUAGUCUGUAA